AUGAAAACCCUCCAGAUCAUCCUAACCAUUUUCAUCUUGACUUUGGCUUCGUCUUUGGCCUUUGCCUCUGAUCCUAGCUCUCUUCAGGACUUCUGUGUAGCUGACCCCAAGGGCUCUGUUUCUGUCGAUGGGAGUGUCUGCAAAGGCGCAAAACUUGCCAAAGCAGAUGACUUCUUCUUUUCAGGGCUCCAUAUCCGCAAAAACACAUCGAAUUCUGUUGGAUCAGCUGUGACACCAGUUAACAUUGCACAAAUACCAGGACUUCACACAUUAGGGAUAUCUAUGGCUCGAAUCGACUAUGCACCUAACGGUGGCCUCAACCCUCCUCACACUCACCCUCGUGCCACAGAGAUUCUAGUGGUUAUCGAAGGCACACUCCAUGUCGGUUUCAUUACAUCGAACCCGGAUAACCGUCUGAUAACUAAAGUCCUAUGCCCUGGAGAUGUCUUUGUAUUCCCCGAGGGUCUCAUUCACUUCCAGUACAAUAUUGGGAACACCUAUGCCGUGGCCUUUGCUGGUCUUAACAGCCAAAACCCAGGGGUGAUCACCAUUGCUAAUGCAGUCUUCAGCUCAAAGCCUUCCAUUAGUGCUGAUACUCUUGCCAAGGCUUUUAAUCUGGACGCCAAAAUGGUUAAUGAUAUUCGAUCCAGUUUCUGA